UUCCCGGAGAUAGUCAAGAGCGUGGCCACCGACGGCGACGGAGGCCCUGGAACCACGCAGCAACUCAAUUUUAUCGAAGGGGGACAGUUGAAGUUCAUGAAGGAAGUAGUGGACGAGGUGGACGAGGUGAAGUUGAUCUAUGGCUACACGGUGUUCGGUGGAGACACACUUGUGGCCGGAGUGGAGAAGAUCUCUUACAGAAUGACGAUGGAGGAAUCGGCCGUCGGCGGCGGCGGAACAAGCUGCAAGCGCACCACCAAGUUCUUCACCUCCGAAGACGGAGGGAUUGGAGAGGACGAAAUCAAGGCUGCCUAUGAAGGAAUGAGGCAACAAUUCUCAGCUGUAUUCAAAGGCUUCGAAUCCUACCUCCUGGCUCAUCCUUCAUCUUAAAAUCAAAAGUUCAAACUAAAGUUACCCUGAACUAUCGUAUUAUGCUUCAAAUACGAUAUAGUCAGCCGAAUAAACCUUGCCGUUUUACGUCUU